GCUUUAUUUCGAGUCUACAUUUUGAUAGUCGCGUCGGACUCAAAAUAUUGUUAAUUGUGUUGAUUUUUUCCUGUUAAGAUUUGUUUAUUUCGUCAAGUGUGUUAAUUGUUUGUUGUUAGUUUUAGUUGCUUGCGACGAGGAUUGACUAGUUUAUUCUGCAUCAAAAUGAGCGCCUUUGAGAUUACUGUGACUCCGUCGCGUCUUAAGCAAAAGAAGCGCAUUGAGGGUCGCGAACCUGCUGUUGUGGUGAUGGCGCCAUUUUCGGCCAAGGCAAUUGUGCAAUUCGAGGAUGUGCCCAUUACCAAAACUGCGAAACGCGUUGUGCGCGUCAUUAAUCCUAGCGACGACGACAUUAAGGUCAAAGUAAGCAAGGCCAUCAAAGAGGAGCAUAAUCUCAGCCUGGAGUGGAUGGAAAAUACGGUGCCGGCACGCGAUGAGGUGUCCAUGGAGUUGGUAUGGACUCCACAGUUGGAAAUUGCUUGCAAAGAAACGCUACAGCUGCUGGAUAAUCGCAACUUUCGCAAAGACGUAAUGAUUAUACUUAAAUCUAAGAGCCACCAGCCUGUAAGGUCUACUCGCAAAUUUCCUACAGUGGGCAAGACACUGCAGCUAAAGUCGCCAACUGGUAGCAACAAGACUCAUAAAAACCAUAUUGCAUCUGUAAAACAGAAGAAGCGUAUGUCUAAUGUGGCUGCAGCCGCAUCAACAACUGCCAAACUGCCUUGGCGCAAUGUGCCGGCUGCACGAGUUGCACGAGCGUCCGAAACAAAAGCGCCGCUAAGCGAGCACAACGUGUACAAAGCAGAACCUUUUACUCGCGAUGCAUCCGAAAUUAAACCUUAUAUUUCGCCACAGGCGCGCAAAUGCAAGGAGAAUGUUAGCCCCUUGACUCCAGCAAAUAUAUUUAGUUUAAUUGAUAAUAUGCAAUUCACGCCGUUGACCGAGAACACGCAGAAGACGACAUCAGCUCAUAUGCCAGAUAAUUUGGCUGACUGGCCGACUCCAACAGUAAGCAUUAAAGACUCUCAUACAUACAUCUCCAGCAACGAUUUGCGGCCACGUCGGCUCGUGUCUGCACUAGACGAGGAAUACAACGUGACCAGCGGCCAAGUCAUUGUUAACAAAACAUUCGAUGUAAAACAUUCAGAUACAAUGAACACAUCCGUGGACACUUUAGAUUGUACGCGCGCAGAUCAGAUGCUGCAAACGCCAACGCUAGUUCUGAAUAAGACGACAACCAUCGUUCAUGCGACUCAAACACGUGCUUUAGCGUGCAUACGUGAAGAGGAUGCCAGUCCUCCCAAUAUGCAGAUUUGCUCACCUCCAAAGAGCAAAGUACACGACUUGAAACGGGAUAUAAAUAUUGUAGGCUCGCCGCUGCGAAAGUACUCGGAAUCUAUGUCGAAUCUGUCACUGUUGUCGCCGCAAACAAAAAUUGCUAUUCAGGGCUCCAUGCCGAAUCUUAAUGAAAUGCUGCAGCUUCGUUCCAUUGAACAGAACCGUUACUAUCAACAACAGCAACCGCCGCCGCAGCAAGCGCCAAAGCAAGUGAUAGUUCCGUCCCUUGAUAGCUCUUUCAGCAGUGAGACUAGCGUAUUGUCCCAACACGAUAUGCUUUUCAAUCAAUGCGAGAUUCUAGCACAAUCAAGUCGUUUCAAUUUGCACGAAGUGGGUCGUAAAACACGGCAAGCCAGCCCCAGUGCGCAGGUGCUAAAGGAUAAAGAAGUAAAGCAACUCAACGGCGGCAUAAUUGGGCACAAGCGACGUUCGAAUGAGCUGAGCUUCUCAGAUGCGCCCAGCAAUGAAUCACUGCAUCGCAAUGAGACACUAACCAUCUCUCCGCCCAAGCGGCAGCGCUUUGAGGGUGGCAGUCUGGCACCUGCCAACGCUUCAGCGCGGAGCGCUAAGGUUUGGUCCCAUGGUCAGCCCAAGAAGUUUAAGUUGGCCCAAACGAUGUCGCUCCUGAAAAAGCCAGCAACACCGCGCAAGACACGAGAUAAACCUACCGUUAAACUCUAUGAUUCGGACCUGUAUUUACAAACAUACAUUAAUCCGGAUCCCUUUGCUGCAACUACGACUGCUGAUCCUUUUUUGGCAUCAACUAUGUAUUUAGAUGAGCAGGCUGUAGAGCGGCACCAGGCGGACUUUAAAAAAUGGUUAAAUGCACUCGUUAGCAUACCCGCCGAUCUGGAUGCAGAUACAAAUAGCAAAAUUGACGUUGGCAAACUGUUUAACGAGGUGCGUAACAAGGAGCUGUCGCUGGCACCCACCAAGGAGGAGCAAUCGAUGAACUAUUUGACCAAGUUCCGUCUAGAAUCGCUGCGUCGGGCCGCAGUUGAGUUGUUUUUCAGUGAAGAAAUGCGCUUGCCCUGUUCCAAGGUAGCUGUAUAUGUGCAAAAGCAAGCGCUGCGCAUACGCACCGAUCGAAAUUUGCACCUUGAUGUGGUCAUGCAGCGCACUAUACUGGAGUUGCUUCUGUGUUUUAAUCCACUUUGGCUGCGUCUGGGCCUCGAGGUAGUGUUUGGCGAGAAGCUGCAUCUUCAAUCGAACCGCGAUAUCGUGGGUCUCAGCACCUUUAUCUUAAACCGCCUGUUUCGCAACAAAUUCGAGGAGCAAAAGUACAGCAAGGCCUAUACGCUAACCGAGGAAUAUGCGGAGGCCAUUAAAAAGCACACUCUACAAAAAAUAUUCUUCCUACUACUGUUCCUCGAUCUAGCCAAACAACGUCGCAUCAUCAAGCACAAUCCCUGUCUGUUCGUCAAGAAGUCGCCGCACAAGGAGACUAAGGAUAUUCUGCUGCGCUUUUCGUCAGAGUUGCUAGCCAACAUUGGUGACAUAACCCGUGAACUGCGCCGCCUGGGUUACGUGCUCAAACACAAGCAGACUUUCCUUGAUGAGUUUGACUAUGCCUUUAACAACCUAGCCGUAGAUCUACGUGACGGCGUUCGGCUUACGCGUGUAAUGGAGGUAAUUCUGCUGCGUGACGAUCUCACCCAGCAGUUGCGCGUUCCUGCCAUUUCCAGGCUGCAACGUAUCUUUAAUGUAAAGCUUGCUUUGGGCGCUCUGCGUGAUGCGGAUUUCCAGCUGAGUGGCGACAUCUCAGCAGCAGAUAUAGUGGAUGGCUAUCGGGAGAAGACACUUUCCCUUCUUUGGCAGCUAUGCUACAAAUUCCGAUCGCCCAAGUUUCAUGCUGCCGCCCGUGUCUUACAGGUGUGGUGGCGCCGUCGCUGGCUACAUGUUUUUAUUCGGCGUCGCAUUCGCGAACGCGCCGCCAUUCGUAUACAGGCCGUGUUCCGGGGACACCAGAUGCGCAAGUAUGCCAAACUGUACAGAGUGGAGCGCCUACGAGCCGUCAUCGUUCUUCAGAAGUACACGCGUCGCUAUCUGGCCCAGAAGCAUCUUUUUCAAAUUUAUCAAAGCAUUGUCCGAAUUCAGCUCUGGUGGCGUGCCAAUCGCCAGGGCCGUCUGUGUCGCCAACAGUUCCUCCACUUACGAGAAUCGGCGAUAUUUCUGCAGCGCAUUUGGCGACGUCGCAUGUUUUCCAGAAAACUGCUGGCUGCUGCAACUACAGCGCGUCUGCAACGUGAUCAAAAACAUAAUGCAGCUGCCGCCUGCAUACAGAUGUGUUGGCGCUCCUAUCGAUUGGCCAAAAAACAGCGAGAACACUAUAUUCGUGAACGACAACUCAUUAUCUUUGUGCAGCAAAGUGUGCGUAAAAAGUGGCUGAUGCAGCACACGCGGGAUCAGUUCCAGCUGCUGCGACAGUCCGCUCUGGUGCUACAAAGACGCUAUCGCGCGCGCCUAAAGAUGCUUCAGACACGUCGCAGCUACUUAUAUGAACUUCAAUGCAUCAUAAACAUUCAACGCCGUUGGAGAGCAACGCUGGAGAUGCGUUGUCAGCUUGCUAAUUAUCGAAAGCUGAAAACGUCCACAAUAUUGCUACAGAUCCGGUAUCGCGCUCGUCUUCAGAUGUGCCAGCAACGACAACGAUUUCUGAAUCUGAAAACCGCCACAUUGGUACUGCAGCAACGCUAUCGGGCACGUCUUAAUAUGCUGACAGCACGAUGUAACUAUGCCAAGGAGCGCCAAUGCAUUAUAAACCUGCAAUCACGCUGGAGAGCAACGCUGAAGAUGCGUCGGCAGUAUCACAGCUAUCAUAAACUAAAGGUCUACACGACAUUGUUGCAAAGCAAGCAUCGCGCCCGUAUGCAGAUGCGUCAGCAGCGUAGCGAGUUUAUCCAGCUUAGAAAUGCAACUCUUGUGUUGCAGAGGCGUUGGCAAGCACGGAAAUUAAUGCAGACGCAGCGGGAGCAGUACCAACGCCUGCGCCAAGUGGCCGUAUUUAUGCAGCGCCGUUUCCGUGCACACAAAGCAAUGCGCUUCCAGCGGGCCAAGUAUCACGGCACUCAGGCUGCUGUCUCUUGCCUGCAGAUGCACUGGCGCAACCACUUGCUUAGAAAGGAUCAGCGGCAGGGCUACCUAAAACUGCGUCAAACAGUUAUUACAGUACAGAGACGCUAUCGUGCUCAAUCGGCGAUGCGCCGGCAGAAGGACGGAUACCAACAGCUAAAGCUGGCGGUAAUCCAUAUGCAGCGUCGGUAUCGGGCUCAGCUAUCCAUGCGAAAGCAGCGUCAGAUCUAUGAACAGCAACGAGGACUAGUCGUCCGAAUCCAGCAACGAUACCGAGCAAAACUGGCCAUGAUUUCUGCACGCAAUAACUAUCAGCAACAACGGUGGGCAGCUACUCGCAUUCAGAUCUGGUGGCGUAGUCUGAAGCAGAUGCGACUCGUGCGACGAGGCUAUCAACGUAUGCGCCGCAGCUCAGUAAUCUUGCAGCGUAAAUGGCGAGCCACAUUGAAAGCUCGUUGGCAGCGCCAGCACUUCCUGCAGACUGUAGAGAAGGUCCGUCUGUUACAAAGAAGUCUGCGGUCAAUGCUGCUCAUGAGGCAGCAGCGCCAUCAGUUCCAGCAAGCACGAGAGGCCGCUUUGAUCCUACAACGGCGGUACCGUGCCCGCCAAGCUAUGCGCACUGUAAGGGCGCAGUAUCGGCAGCUUCUGUCAUUUACUAUUUGGGUACAGCGCAUAUUUCGCGCCAGACACAGCAUGCGCCAAAAGCGCAGAGAGUUUUUGCAGCUUCGUAAGAUCACGGUACAUCUGCAGCAAAAGUUCCGUGGAAAACGAUUGAUGCUGGUGCAGCAGGAACAUUUCGGGCUGCUUAGACGCUCCAUUUUAGAUUUCCAGUCCCGUGCUCGUGGCUUCCUGGCACGUAAGCGUUUUCAGGCGCUAAUGACUCCCGAAAUGGUUGAGUAUCUCCGUCAAAAGCGGGCAGCCAAGGUUAUACAGCGCUACUGGCGUGGCUAUCGCACACGCAGACGGCAAAGGAACGCUGGAUUAUUGGCCAUAAGGCGGCGUCUUUUGCAGCUUCGACAGGAGGCGACAGCCAUCAAUUCGGUACGUGCUAAAGUGCAGGACUCAGUACGUAUUCUGCGUGGUCGUUUCAUUGCGUCGGAUGCGUUAGCCGUACUAAAUCAGCUGGACCGACUCUCCCGCACAGUGCCCCACCUGCUUAUGUGGUGCUCGGAGUUCAUGUCGACCUUCUGUUAUGGAAUAAUGGCGCAGGCAAUUCGCUCAGAGGUUGACAAGCAGCUAAUUGAGCGAUGCAGCCGCAUCAUUCUCAAUCUGGCACGGUACAACAGCACUACUGUAAACACGUUCCAGGAGGGCGGCCUGGUGACCAUUGCCCAAAUGUUACUGCGCUGGUGCGACAAGGACAGCGAAAUCUUCAACACACUCUGUACGCUGAUAUGGGUAUUUGCCCAUUGCCCCAAGAAACGAAGGAUUAUUCACAACUACAUGACCAACACGGAAGCUAUUUACAUGGUGCGCGAAACAAAGAAACUAGUUGCCCGCAAGGAGAAGAUGAAGCAGAAUGCGCGCAAGCCGCUGGCCUCUGUUACUGGUCGUCACGGACAGCAGAUGGCCAAUUUCUUGCCCCGUUCAUUGCCCAGCCUAGAACCAGACUUUGGUAUAAUACGGGGUAGACCCUAUACGUUUAUAUCAUCAGUGUUUGCAUUUGACACCAUUUUGUGCAAACUAAAGAUUGACAUUAUUUAGCUUAAGGGUAAUCAUAAAAUCUUUAAUCGAUAGUUAAAUGUUAUAAGCGUGUUUAAUAUUUGUUUUUUAUGUACUAAUUUGUAUUUUUAAAGUUUUGAAAUAAAAAGAAACGAAAAUUUUUUUAUUAA